CCGCGGAGCAACUCCACAGUCAAAGUACACAGACAUUAUUAACUCCUUUUAUCUCCAAGUCCAAUGGUCAGCGCCGCCUGCGUGGCCCGUGAACGUCCGCGCCGCCGCUCCUGCUGCACGCACGCACACUGCACGAGGACGUGAACGCAGAGCAGGCUUGCGGCUGUCGUCGGUGCUGAAUUUUCUUUUAAAGUUUAUAAAACAAAAGUUAGUCCAGGGGUCGGGGUUUGCAGUCAUGCCCGAGCCAAACAGAUUCGUGGAUCCAUUUCACAGCCCUCGGCGUCUGGCAGCUGCGGCUCCCGCGGAGAAAGUCAAGCUCACGCAUCCCGGGAAGGCGAUUCUGGCAGGUGGGAUUGCAGGUGGAAUAGAGAUCUGCAUCACCUUCCCAACAGAGUACGUUAAAACUCAGCUGCAACUCGACGAGAGAGCGAAUCCGCCAAAAUACAGAGGAGUCGGUGACUGCGUGAAGCAGACGGUUAACAGUCAUGGGGUGUGGGGACUCUACAGAGGCCUGAGCUCGCUGGUCUACGGCUCUAUACCUAAGGCGGCUGUCAGGUUUGGGACGUUUGAGUUCCUCAGUAAUAAGAUGCGAGAUGAGAGCGGAAAGCUAGACAGCAAGCGAGGGUUCUUCUGCGGGCUCGGAGCUGGCGUCGCGGAGGCGGUGGUUGUGGUCUGUCCAAUGGAGACCGUUAAGGUUAAAUUCAUCCAUGAUCAAACGUCAGCAAACCCAAAGUACAAGGGUUUUUUCCACGGGGUGAGGGAGAUUAUCAGAACACAAGGACUGAAAGGGACCUAUCAGGGGCUGACGGCCACGGUACUGAAACAAGGAUCCAAUCAGGCCAUCCGCUUCUAUGUCAUGACCUCACUGAGAAACUGGUACAAAGGAGACGACCCCAAAAAAGCUAUCAACCCCAUGAUAACUGGACUGUUUGGAGCCUUCGCUGGUGCUGCCAGUGUGGUCGGAAACACUCCCCUGGAUGUCAUAAAAACCAGGAUGCAGGGACUUGAAGCUCACAAGUACAAAAGCACAUUGGACUGCGCCACUAAGAUCAUGAAGCACGAAGGACCGAUGGCGUUCUACAAGGGUACUGUUCCUCGUAUGGGUCGGGUUUGUUUGGACGUCGCCAUAGUCUUCAUCAUCUAUGAGGAAGUCGUCAAACUUCUGAACGUAGUCUGGAAGACGGACUGAGACGUUAACAGGAAUAAUAGGACAGGGGGUCGUCCAGAUCACCAAACAGGCCAAACCCAGUCUCCUUAACCUUGCUUCUAGGUUCUAAUAUCUACUACCUCCAAGUGUUUUCAGACAGUUAAAAAAAAGAAAGGAUUGCUUUCAUUCUUGAUUGUUGAAGUGUCAUCUGCAUGGAAGAAGGAAAAAAAAGUAAGAAAGAAAAGCUCCAAGCCACAGAGUUGCUGCUUACAGUGACUCUUUAAUCUUAAAUUCCCAGAAUUAGGAAGUUCCUUCAGCACUCAGGGAAAGGAACGGGGCAUUUCUUUAGACCAGCUCGACCGGACGGACUCACGCUGUAUGCAAUUCAUCCGGGAGAAACCGGUGCCCCAUCCAGCAUAAUGUGAUGUACACCCCAGACACCAAGAAAUGAUACUUAUAUCUAUUAUACUUAUAUAUACAAACUAGCUCAGAAGUGAAACAUUUUAAAUCCCUUUUUGGGUGCAAGUAUUUAGAAGGAAAUUGAAACUGUUCGGUACCUGACGGAAUAAUGAACUUUGAGACGUCACCUGCUGCUGAGGCAAAAUUAAUUAAAACAACUAAAUGCCUUAAAUCAACAUUGUCAAUAUAGACACUAUGAAGAUGCACAAUGUAAUGAAAAUAAUAUAUAUUAGAAAUGCACAUGUCCCAUAAGAUAGUUCUUGUGGUCAUUUUUAAAAAGCUUGCCUUUAAUUUGCAGAGAUUUUUUUAUGUUAUUGUUUAUUAAUUUACUAGAUCGAUGCCAUAAAAAGUGCCUAAAUAUGUAUUUUAUGAUUAAUUUUGAGAACCUUUGAGAUUAAAAAUUACUUAAUGUUGUAAUUACUAUCCUUUGAAUAUGUUCUGUUGCACACACUGCUCUUUCGCGUGUCUAAUGUGUCUAAUGCAGGGGUCACCAAUCCUGGUCCUCGAAGGCCGGUGUCCUGCAGGUUUUACAUGUUUUGCUGCUUCAUUGCACCGUGAUAAAAGUGACUGUGUCGUUAAGAGAAUUGUGCAGACCUCAAUGACAAGCUGAUGACGAUGAUUAAUUAGAAUCAGAUGUGUUAAAGCAGAGAAAACUCUAAAACAUGCAGGACACCGGCCCUCGAGGGCCAGGAUUGGUGACCCCUGGUCUAAUGUGUCUAAUGUCAGUGUCUAAUGUGUUUCUGGGAUACCAUCUCAGUUCAAAGUUAGUAUUUCUUUUUUUUUCUUAGCCUCUAACUAUUAAAGCAACUCUAUGUAACAGUACCACCUCUGACCACAUGGGGGCUUAAAAAGCUGCCAACAACACUGCUAAUGAGUGGGGACGGUUAAUACCACCUCAUCCUGCUAGAGGUGCCCGUUGCUCUGUAUUGUCUCAGCAUUGGACGAACCUGCUGUGAUGUCACUUACAGGUCUCCAAUGUUCGAGACUCUAUUUGACACCAUGUUGACUGGAACUGACUCCGCCCACCCUUGGUUGAUCCAAACAUUGGGCAAAUAGGUAGAAUGAGCAAACCCUGUAAACCGACCGGAACAUGUGAGCAGAGCGCUGCCAGGAUGUGCUAUUGCUCAGUUGCUAAGCGACGAGGCACCCAAGCAACUGCUGGCCCACGGUUAUCUGUGAGUUGACCAAGCCUAGCAGCAUCAUCCCAGACCAUUUCAGAACCUGAACGCUUCCAGGUUGACAAACCGAACAACCAUCUGAUGGUUAUCCGAUCACAGCAGAGCAUGAUGUGAUGGAGUGUCAAAGGCAAUGACGUGAGAUCAGCAGGAAGCAUCAGGCCUCAAUCACUCGGCCGAGCAAUGGGCCCACUAGGUCUGCAAGUGUUUGGCCGUGAUCAGAUGCUCAUUGGCUGGUAGUCCAGAUGAUCCACCUGGACCUGAAAUGGUCUGAUAUGAAGGUCACUGGACCUGGGUACCUGGUCCUUGCUGGUUCCUGCAAGAAGCAGCAGCUAUAGGCCCCAGAUUCUUCAAAUUCUCCUAAAAUGGUAAGCACUAAUGGCGCUUUUAUACUAGUACCUACUCAGCGCGACUCGACUCGCCACGUCCCGGUUUUGCGCUUCUCCACUAGGGGUCGAGGUGGGUGGAGGUGUGCCGAGUAGAUACUUUUUCUGUAUCUAUUCUGCCGAGGUUCUAAGUUUGCUGAGUUGGCCUGCAUCUGACGUCAUCACAAUACACGCCACCGAUUGGUCGGGGGGCGGGGCCGUCAGACGUUUGAGUCAGGAAGCGGGAGUCAGCGAAAGAGCGACUCGCGGCUUCUUCAUUUUAUUCGACAGGCAAUGGCAGCGCAAAAGUCUGUUUCGUGAUCCUACUCUGAGGUGCAGAUGUUCAUAAACCUGGUGGCUGAGGAGAGAAUUAAAAAGGGAUCUAGAAGAGCGAUAAGGAACAACAAGAUCUACCAGGCGCUCUUCAUAGCUGCUUGGGGCUCCCAGCUGACUUCUCAGCAGCGCAGAGAUGAACUACAGAAAAAAAAGCGUUGCCACUUGAAGGUUCUUUCACUCUCAUUUUUUAACUUGAUAUCGAACACAAGUCAGAGACCCAGCAGCACAUAUAUCAUCUCCAGGUUCUACAUCUUUAGUGUCGUUGUCUUCUUCGUUUAGAUCACACAAUCAAAUACGUCACAGCAGCUUCGCUCCAACCCGCCCACUUCUCAUCUGGGUGUCUAAAAACAAACGAGGGCAAGGCGAGUGGAGGUGAGUCGUGCUGAGUAGGUACUAGUAUAAAAGCGCCAUAAGUAGCUAAGGUGAUGACAGCAAGCUGUGGUUGAAUGCCACACACUUAAUCAACGAUACAUUUGUGGCUUUAUGUAAUUUUUUUCUGAUGAGGUUCAUGAAAAUUCAGUUGGCAUUGAAUGAACUUUAGCUAUAGAGAACGGAGACAUCUCCUAGUGGUCAGUUGAGGAACUGCAAGUUCCAGCACCCCCCAAGCAGCUAAAUGUAUGAAUGUUAUUAUUAUACGGUUCCCCCAUGUGGUCAGGAGUGGUGCUGCUACACAGAGGGGCUUUAAGUGUCCUCUCAGACUGUCGACCGUUUGAGAUGAUGUUAACGAUGCCUUCCAUCUCAUUCCACGGAGGACGACUGGCUCAGCUUUUAAUUCCUCCCAUCGUCAUCUUAAUCGCCUUUCACGUCGACGGCCGACCCAGCGUGCCAACGAGCUCCACGUUCCAGUCUGGAGUUUGUGGCUCGUCGGUCCGGCUUGUUUACAUGCAGUGCAAUUACUCGUUUUGCUCGUCACAGUCACCAUGUUUACUGUGAGUUGCCUCUUUUAUCUCUGCGUUUAACCCUGCAUACACGUAAAUGUGAACUGGAGUAUUCUCCGGUAGUCAGAACCAUAUAUAUUGUGUCUUCUGUUUAAUGAAUCCUGCUUGGUUUGCUCACAAAUAAACAUGGAUGAGACUGUUAAA